AUGCUUAUUGACAUCGUCAUCCAUGGAGACAUUCUAUGUCCGUGGUGUUUUCUCCAGAAAAAGACUCUUGAGGGAGCCAUGGAACGAUAUCAAGCACUCCACCCAGAAGUUGAAUUCGAUGUCACAUGGAAGCCCUUUCUUCUGUAUCCUACACUAAGAAGAGGUGACAAGCGUGCCCUCUAUGAAAAGCUCAUGUCCCCAGAGAAGCUUCGUCUUUUCACUUCUCGACUCCAAACAGCCGGUGCUCGUUACGGCAUCGAGUUCUCUGUGACUGGAAAGACAGGACCUUCACAGCCUGCCCACCGACUUGUGGCCUUGACCCUUCAAACUCGUGGAGCAAAUGUCCAGUCUGCGUUUCUUGAUGCUCUUUUCCGUGGUCACUUUGAAAACGGGGCUGACAUUGCCGACGAAGCCUGGUUGAUGCACGUAGGCCGAACAGAGGCCAAACUCGAAGAUUCUGAUAUGAGAGCAGCGCUUCUGGGACCUGGUCUGGGGAAGUCGCUCGAGGACGAGGUCAGAACUGCUGCUAUCGCGGGUGUAGAAGCCGUGCCUUGCGUCACGGUUCAGAAGAAGUUUCGAGUUGGGGGGUAUCAAGAGUCAGACAUCUUUGAGAGCUUGUUUGACAAGAUACGGCGAGAGAACAGGUAA